UCUGUGUUUGAGGUUGGGGAUAUAACCCAAUAAAGGAAGAAGAAGAAGAAGUGUUUGAGGUUAAUUGUGGAAAUAUCAAAAAAGUUAAUAUUUAAUUUUUGACUUAGAAGAAAUACUACAAUAAUCAAAAUGCCUAGAAUAAUGAUAAAAGGUGGUGUUUGGAGAAACACCGAGGAUGAAAUUCUCAAAGCUGCUGUUAUGAAAUAUGGCAAAAACCAGUGGUCUAGGAUAGCUUCGCUACUUCACAGAAAGUCUGCAAAACAGUGUAAAGCCCGUUGGUUCGAGUGGUUAGAUCCCAGCAUUAAAAAAACUGAAUGGUCUAGAGAGGAAGAUGAAAAACUGUUACAUUUGGCUAAACUUAUGCCCACACAGUGGAGAACAAUUGCUCCCAUUAUUGGAAGAACCGCAGCACAGUGUUUGGAAAGAUAUGAAUAUUUAUUGGAUCAAGCGCAAAAGAAAGAAGAAGGUGAGGAUGCAGUGGAUGAUCCCAGGAAGCUGAAACCUGGAGAGAUUGAUCCAAAUCCAGAGACAAAACCUGCAAGGCCUGAUCCCAAAGAUAUGGAUGAAGAUGAAUUAGAGAUGUUAUCUGAAGCUAGAGCUAGAUUAGCUAAUACUCAAGGCAAAAAGGCUAAGAGGAAGGCUCGUGAGAAACAAUUGGAAGAGGCUAGAAGAUUGGCUGCUCUUCAGAAACGCAGAGAACUGAGAGCUGCCGGAAUAGAAGUUACAUCUCGUAGAAAGAAAAAACGAGGAGUAGACUACAAUGCUGAAGUACCGUUCGAAAAGAGGCCAGCGAUUGGAUUUUAUGACACGUCUAAUGAAGUAUUAGAUCCUAUGGCUCCCGAUUUUUCAAAAAUGAGGCAGCAACACUUGGAUGGGGAGCUGAGAAGUGAACAAGAGGAGAGAGAACGUAAGAAAGAUAAACAGAAACUAAAGCAGCGCAAGGAAAACGACAUUCCUCAAGCUAUGUUACAAAACCAGGAACCAGCUAAGAAACGAUCCAAGUUAGUGCUUCCGGAACCACAAAUUUCAGACCAGGAAAUGCACCAAGUGGUGAAGUUGGGCAAAGCGAGUGAAGCAGCUAGGGAAAUAGUUACAGAAAGCGGUGUUGAAACCACUGACACUUUGUUGAAUGAUUAUACUUUCAAUCCUCAAGCGGCUGCUACACCAAGGACUCCGGCGCCCCAGACUGAUAGGAUUUUGCAAGAAGCUCAGAACAUGAUGGCGCUCACACACGUAGAUACGCCCCUCAAAGGCGGCAUUAACACUCCGUUACACAAUUCAGAUUUCAGCGGGGUCCUGCCCCAAGCUCAGACCGUCAGCACCCCGAAUACCGUGCUUGCUACGCCCUUCAGAUCCAGUAGGAGUGACGGAGCUGGCACUCCUGGCAGUAGCGUUGGAUUUAUGACGCCUAGAAGUGGCGCUUUGGUGCCUGUGGGGAAGACGCCGGUAGGAAUGACGCCUUCGGUUAGGGAUAAGCUUAGUAUUAAUCCAGAGGAAGCAAUGGACGUAGGAAGCACACCAGCUGAGCACAGAAUGUACCAGAUGUCGAUGAAAGAUCAAUUAAAAAUGGGGUUGAGCAGUCUACCACAACCGAAAAACGACUAUGAAAUCGUGGUGCCCGAAAAUGAAGACCAGGAAGAACCCGAGCAAGCUCAGUCACAAAUGAUCGAAGAUCAAGCUGAUGUAGAUGCACGGAAACAAGAAGAGCUCAAGGCGAAAGCCGCCAGGGAGCUGGCGCUACGUUCUCAAGUCAUCCAACGUGAUUUACCGAGACCUCAAGAAGUGAACAUGACCGUCCUUCGACCGUCCCACGAGAGCUAUUCCUUAUCCGAUCUGCAGCGAGCCGAAGAACUCAUCAAACGCGAGAUGGUGACUAUGUUACAUUUCGAUAACCUUAAAAAUCCGGUUCCGACGCAGAGUAAGAGAUCCAACAUGUCGCAGGCCCAUCAAUUGGCGUUUUUGGAGCAGCAUCCAUAUGAGUCGUUCAGGAAAGAAGAUUUAGGGGUGGCCAAGGGGAUAUUGAAGAGGGAAAUGGAGGUGGUUAGGAAUGGUAUGAAUCACGGGGAGUUGCCUAUCGAAGUCUACACUCAGGUGUGGGAAGAAUGCUUAGGCCAAGUUCUGUUCCUCCCGAACCAAACGAGAUACACUCGAGCCAACUUAGCGAGUAAAAAAGACAGACUGGAAUCGGCGGAAAAAAGACUCGAACAGAACAGAUCUCACAUGGCGAAAGAAGCUAAACGAGCUGCCAAAAUGGAGAAAAAAUUGAAGAUUUUAACAGGCGGGUACCAGUCCAGAGCGCAGGUGUUGAUCAAACAAUUACAAGAUUGUUAUGAGAACCUAGAUUCGACUAAUUUAGAAUUGAAUACGUUCAAGUUUCUGCAAGAACAAGAAAAAUCUGCUCUACCAAGAAGAAUACAGUCUCUCACUGAAGACGUCAGCCGACAAACAGAGCGAGAACGAGGCUUGCAAAAGAAAUACGGCGAUCUUCAAGCAGAAAUAAAAUACUUACAAGAGUCAUACCUUAGUCAGCUUCAAAAAGAGCAGCGAAAGGAAGCGGAUAAUACAGCUAAUGAGGUUUCUUCCACUACCAAUGGAGAACUCAACGCAGAAACAGUCGAUGAUGAUGAAGAGAUGCAGUGACAAAUUUAGUAGUGUGGUUAUUAUCAUUAUGAUAAGACAGUUUUGCGAAAAAAUAAUUUAAUACACGUAAAAAACGUAUAUUACAGAAAUAGUGAAUAAAUAAUUUUAAAAAUACAGUAAUGUACACCUAAACAUAGCAACACAUACAAGGUGUGGCUACAAAAUAAUUUAAUUAAUGCUGUUAAAUAUUUUUAGUUUAUGCUUUCACAUAUUUACUUAUCAUUUUAUUCGAUUUGCUUCUCUCCCUCGUUUCUUUUGUCGUAGAUUUAAACUUUGGGAGCAGAUAAAAGUCACAUGGUGUCAGGUAAGGCACAUAAGAUAUCUGUCAUUAAAAAUAUUUUACAAACAUUGUGCUCUUAGCAAUUCCUGCACAAUUUUCACUUAUAUCCCUGGUUUAAUAACCAUACAGUUUAGUAAUCGCCAGAAUAAUUAAUUUACUGUUAUAAAAUUGUUAAUAACGUAUAAAGAACAUAAAUAUCAUUAAAAAACUGCUAGUUUUCUUUGAUUUUGACCUUGAUUGCAGAUAAAGUCACAUGGUGUAAGGUAAGGCGAAUAAGGUGAGUAAUUUUACAACUUGUAUCACUAGAGAAACAUUUUGACAAGCGUACAAAGUGAAUGCCACGCCCACAAUGUUAACACUGAAAAGGUGUCUAUUAGAAGAGCAAACUUCACAUGGAUUCAAUCAUACGCAUGUGUAGUUAUUCAAUAAUCAAUAAGAUCAUUAACCUCACUAUUUUGUAGCCACAUCUCGUGUAUUUAUUUAUCACAAUAAUAUAAAGAAUAUAGAUUAUAUUAAAAAGUAAAAGAAUCUGUAGAAACAGAUGCCAUAAUGUGUAUUAAUCACGUGGUGUUCAUAUUAAAUUCAAUUAAAGCAUUUUUAAAACAA